AGGACUCUUCUUUAAAAGGCCCUCCCCUGCGUCAACACUUGUACAUCUUCUUUUCUUUUUUACCAUGCGCCCCUUCAGCGACACUUCUACCCACGCAACCGCCUCCUCCAGCUCUGGACCUGUCAUUCCAACCAAACCCAAGCCUUAAACUUCUACUCUACAAACAACAUAUCUUCGACGUGAUAACCUCGUCAACAUGGGUGCCGUCGUCUCCUGUAUCACCGGCGUCUUCCACGCUAUCGGACGUUGCCUCAUGGGCAUCGUCAACGCCAUCGGCUCCAUUCUCCGCGCCAUCCUGGACGGCAUCAUCACCGUCUUCGACGUGAUCAUCUCCUGCCUGACCUGCCAGGGUUGCUCAGGGCGCCGGCGUCGUCGGACUAGAUCGGCAGUCUGACGGGACUAAAUACGAUGUCUCGUCGACGCGAUAGGGCCACAAUACCAUGUCACAAUCGGGAUGAGGGAUUGCAUUAGCCCUGUCGAGCAGUCGCUUUGACUAUGACGGUGCCAUGAUUUAUUUGGGUUGCGUUUCUUUUUUGGGAUAUGGCCUUGCUGGCCUUUUGCUUUCUAAGUCCUUUUUACAUGUCUAUAUUACAUACCCAGGCGCGUUAAUAUGAGGAU